AUGUUCAGCCCAGCAUCCAAUCGACUACGGGAUGCCACUGCAACCGUUCGAACGCGUUCACCACUUGGCACUCCACCACUAUCAGCUUCAGAGACGAAUAGCUAUCGACCUCCAACGGAAUCACCCACACUCGCACCACAAGAUAAAUUGACUCAUAUAUUCAAUGCUGUACGGCAACAAAUACAACGUUGGGGUGACAAUGCUAAAUGGAAGAUUGAUCUUGUACUGCUUGAUAACAACAACAACGACACUAAUACUACGGCAACCAAGAAUAAUAUGACUACUACAAGCGGCAACCGCAGUCUUCCGGGGUCACCUGCUCCAAUACACCAUCAUCAUCCUCAUCAUCACCAUGCUGCUUCAUCAUCAUCAUCACCACGCGGUUUUAUGCAUCCACAUCCAACACAAUUAGCACCGCAAGAGCCUGGGAUGGGUCAUCAAGGAUACAUGUUACCAGUUUCAAGGACAACGCAAUAUCCUAUGGACUAUGUGACACCCACAGGCGUACCUACCGAGGUAUCAGUCGACGAGCUAAAGCAACAGCUGCAUGAUUCAUUUGAGAGACAGCGCUAUUUGGAGAAUAUUGUACGCUCUCAAGCUGAACAAAUCCAGGAAUCCCAGACGUAUCCUCCCGACGCGAAUAAGGCAAUUGAAACCAUGCGUAGUAUUUACAUGAUGUCGGAAAACGAGCAAAAGCUACGAUACCUGAUGGAUACAAAGACGUUGCAUAAGGAUAUGGAGGCUUUAUCAAGAAAGCUCAAGCGAUUGACGUCGACAUUGCACAAUAUUGAAACAAUGAAACUUCCAACAGAGGAUGAGAAAUUGGAUCGAGACACGUUACUAGAAGAACGCAAGAUUUUGAAACGCAAGUUGCAUUUGGCUGAAUUACGAUUGAAUACACGUGAUGCCGAGCUCGAGUACCUGUAUCAGGUGUCAAAGUCAUCCAAUUCACAUCCAUCGUAUUAUCCACACCAUGAAGUAUCGUCACCUAAAUUACAACAUCAGCAGCUAGCGUCAUUCACUUCAUCACCACGACGAGGCCCACCUUAUUUGUUCCAGCAACAGUAUUCACCAAAGAUGAGACAUGAGAUUCGUCCACCACCUCCUAAACAAUCUCAAUCACCUUUACCACCACCAGCACAAUCACCACAGCAACAACAUACUUCAACACAAUCACAAUCGACUCAUGCUGCAUCAUCCUCACCGAACACCCAACAACAGCAGCAGCACAUGUCAGCACUUGAAAGUCUUGGAAUUGUUGCUGAUAGAAUGUUGAAUGAUCCUGAUUUCAGCAAAGAAGAACAUGAAGCCACCAAAGAGGCAAGACGAUCCAAGCGAUCCAUUGAUUCAGCCAAUGCACUUUUAUCGAUGCCGACAUUGAAAUUCCCUGCACGAAAGGAUAAUGAAGUGAUUAUGGAAGAAACGGAAAGCAAAGAUUCGGGAUCCAGAGAGCCAUCAUCCAAAAAAGCAAGAAUUGAUUCACCGCGGAUGGGACAACAACAAGCACCACCACCUGAUGCAAGGCAUUCACCUACGAUUGCUGCCCUUCUUGAUCAACCCACAUCAUCAUCAACAUCAUCACCAACCUCUUCUUCUGCCAAUGUAAGUAGUACAUCACAACACCCUGUUCAUGUCUCUCCCCAUGCUACACCACCAUUGGCGCAUGCACACGAAGCAAAAGCAACAGGUGCACUAGGAGGAGGAGGUGGAGGAGGUCCCAGUAGUAGCUCUCGUAUAUCACCUACUGAGCCGGGUUAUCGACCACCAUCCCCUGCGUCUACACCUAAAGGAUUGCGGCAACAACAUCAGGCUCGUUAA